AUCAAAAAAUAAUGUAAAACUUCAAAAUGGCAGCCUCCUUGAGAUCACCAAUGCGUGUUCCAGUAAUAUUUGUUCUUGGAGCAACUGGUACUGGAAAGUCAAAAUUAGCCAUAGAAAUAGGAAGGAAAUUCAAUGGAGAAAUAAUAAGUACAGACUCUAUGCAGAUUUAUCAGGGCCUGGACAUUGUGACCAACAAAGUGACCACAGAAGAGCAAAAUCUCUGUCCUCACCAUAUGAUCAACUAUAUCAGUCCGCUGGAGGAAAAUCACCAUGUCCACCAAUUCAGAAACAAGGCCCUUCCCAUAAUUGAACAACUUAUAAAUGACAAGAAAAUUCCUGUGAUUGUUGGAGGAACAAAUUACUACAUUGAAUCAUUGCUGUGGAAUACCCUGAUUAAAUCAGAGGAUAUCAAAAGAGCCAAAUCAGAAAAAUUGGAAGAUGAUGAAGAGACCAGGGAUGUAGAUAAAUAUCCAGAACUGGAGCAGGCUAGUCAGAUAGAAGAGAAAUUGAGGUCAGAGAGAGACGGUACUUACAAUGAUCUGGACACGCCCACUUUGUACCAGAGACUACAAACUGUGGACCCAGCAUCCGCAGGCCGGAUCCACCCAAACGAUAGACGCAAAUUACUCAGAGCCAUGGAAGUGUUUGAUGUUUAUGGUGUUCCAAUGAGUGAAGUCCACGAGGCCCAGAAGUCAACGGGUUCUCCUGGGGUCGGAGAACUGAGGUAUCCCCACACUUGCGUUCUGUGGGUCCAAAGUGAACAAAGUGUUUUGGAUGAUCGCACAGACAAGCGUGUGGACACCAUGAUGGAGAGAGGUUUGAUGCAGGAGUUACUGGACUUUCAUCGCGAGUUCAAUGCUAAAAGAAAACAAGAAAACAGAGAUGUAGACUACACCACUGGGAUAUUCCAGAGUAUAGGAUUUAAGGAAUUUCAUGACUACCUUCUUCUUCCUGAGGAGGAGAAAAUGUCAGACAAAGGAAAAGCUAUAUUCGAGAAAGGAGUAGAGAACAUGAAGAUUGCAACACGACAAUAUUCAAGGAGACAAAUAUAUUGGAUAAAAAACAGAUUGCUGAGGAACAAGGGAGGUAACUACCCACCAGUGUAUGCAGUGGAUUCCUCGGAUGUCAAUCAAUGGACCGAAAAGGUUCAUGUUCCAGCACUACAGAUUGUCCAAGAUUACAUUGAUGGUGUUGUUCCCACGCAAGAACCGCUACAACUGACAGAGUAUGAUGAUGUACGGGAAUUCAACGAGUGUAAAAUUUGUAACAAGACUUUUGUGAUGAGGAGGAUAUGGGACAUUCAUCUGAAGUCUUCAAAACAUAUGAAGAGACUUAGAAGUCUAAGAAAAAGACAUAGUGAAACUAGUGGUAUAUUGGAACAAGUUAUAGAAAUGAAAAAGGCAGACGGGAACACACAUCCAGAGCCUGGCAGCAAUGAAACAACAGACGGAAUGGAAUCUGGGAAUGAGUCCGACAGUGCUUAAUGUACAAAAACACAGGACAGAGAGCAUUCUGGGAAUAAAUCCCCAAAAACACAGGACAGAGAGCAUUCUGGGAAUAAAUCCCCAAAAACACAGGACAGAGCAUUCUGGGAAUAAAUCCCAAAAACACAGGACAGAGAGCAUUCUGGGAAUAAAUCCCAAAAACACAGGACAGAGAGCAUUCUGGGAAUGAAUCCCACAAACACAAGACAAAUGGAAUCUGGGAAUGAGUCCGACAGUGCUUAAUGUACAAAAACACAGGACAGAGAGCAUUCAGGGAAUAAAUCCCCAAAAACACAGGACAGAGAGCAUUCUGGGAAUAAAUCCCAAAAACACAGGACAGAGAGCAUUCUGGGAAUGAGUCUGUAACGGGUAUGGAUGUAGAGUAAGGAUUUGAAAUCCUUCUUAUGUUGCUAGGUAAACAUAAACAUAAUGGAUAAUAGAGGUAGGUUUAAAUCAGUCAUUACAUCGCAGGGCUAGGGGGAGGACGUAUUAUUGGUAAAUAUAUGAUAUUUUAAUGUUAACUUAAAAAUAAAUUGUUUAUAUUUAUAUUCAAAUCACGGAGACUUCUUGGUUUAACUUUUAUUAUCAAACAUUGACAUUUGGGACAAAAGGAAAUAUAUUUUCCUAAUUUACGGUGACUGAUGUUCUCAUAAGAAGGAUUUGAAAUCGAUGUUACACAUCCAUUACAUAGUCCAACAGUGCUUAAUAUACAAAAACACAGGACAGAGUGCAUUCUGGGAGUGAAUCCCACAAACACAGGACAGAGCAUUCUGGGAAUGAAUCCCACAAACACAGGACAGAGAGCUAAAAAAAACAAAAAAACACUGAACAGAGUGCAUUCUGGGAAUGAAUUCAACAAGCACAGGACAGAGUGCAAUCUGGAAUUAAGUCCAAUAAACACAGGACAGUGCAUUUUUGGACUUAUCAACAAACAAGCACAGAUAGAUUGUGGGAAUGAAUCAAACAGUGCUUAUAUUAAAUCAGACAUAGUAUGAUCUGGGAAUAAGGACACCUGAUAUCCGGAAUAGUGGCAAAAUCCAAAACAAUGAUGGAUCAUUAAAAUGGAGGAUUUUGAGCAUUCAGUGGGAAAGAGAUCUUUUGCAGCAGACAUGAUGAAUCAGUUGUCACUUUGUAUUAAAAAAAAUUGUUUUACUAGUAUGUUUCCUCUGUGUUUUGAAUAUACAAUUUCAUGUUAAAUUUUGUUAUUGUAUGUUUGUGUUUCGUAUUACACAGGAAUAAUGCUUUCUAUAAUCCCGAUGCACAACUACUUCCUCUGAUUUUGUAGAUUUGCGAAAUGGAUUUUUUUCUCUUUAUAAAGAUUUUAACAAAACCA